AUGAAUCAUGAGAAACUCAGCUCACCUACAGAAAGGAAACUUAUAUUUGAUGAUGAUGCCGAAGACAAUGACCAAGUGAAGCAGUUUAAAGAAGAAUAUCAAAAACUUGAAGCAUCUAUUAAAGAAAAAUCACGCAAAAAAUCUCGAUUGAAUGCAGCUGUACGUGAUCUUAAUUCCAAACUAGAAAGUAUGAAAAAGGCUAACAAAAUACAGAAAAUUCAGCAAAACGAAAUAGAAAAAUCAUUACGUAUAAGAAGAAAGAAAUUCGAAGAAAACAAUUCCUCUUAUGAAAAAGCAAAAGAUCAAUACAUAGCAAGCUCGAAAAAGGCUGAACGUGUGAAAACUAUUAUAGAAAAGAUUAAGACAGAAUUGCAAAAAGCAAAGAUUUUAAUUGAGAGUGAAGAAUCGAAACUCAGAGAGAUAAGGCCAUGUGUUGUUGAUUAUGGUCUACUACAGACUAAUAUUCAACUUAUGAAACAGCGGAUAGAUAACAAAAGAGAAAUUCUUAAACAAAGAAACAUAGAUUUUUCUGAAGCACAACAAAAAAUGCAGCAAUUAGUAUCAGAUGAGCAAAAAUACAUUAAUUCUAAGAAUACACUCGAAGAAAAUUUAGAUGAUUUAGAUGCAAGAAGGCACCAAACCCAGCAAAUCUUAACUGAUCCUAUUGACAAUCUUGAUUAUGAAGAGUCUAUUGUUGCAGAUGCCGAAAGAGAUGCAAAUGAAACCGAACAAAGACAUAACCAAAUUCAAUCUGACGAUGGACAACAAAUUAUUGAUAAGAUUCUUGAAGAAAUUGUUGCUUUAGAAAAAGAUAAUAGUGUUCGCCGAGAAGGGCUUGAAUCAAAGCAAAAACAACUUGAUGCAUUUAAAGAAAGUUAUGCAAAAAAUCCUAUUGUCAGUCCAAUGCCAUCUAAAUCACCAGAAAUCAAAUAUAAGUCCCAGCCAUUAUCUAUUGCCGAAGCUCAGGAGCAAGUUGAGAAAUUAAGUGCUCAAUUGGAAGCAAAACUUCAAUCUGUUGAAGAUGAAGAAAGGGCUAUUGAUGACCUUGUGAAAAACAACAUUCUAAAGAGAAAAGAAAUCGAUGAAAAGUACAAGGCAAAACUAGAAAAGCUCAAUCAACUCCAAACACUCAAAAAUACUACAGAAGCUUUGAUAUUUUCAGUAUCAGAGUUGAUGGCUAAAAAUGAUCAUUUGGUGGAGAUUUCUGAUAGAAAUCAAAAAUCAAUAGAUGAAAUCAAUCACAGGAAUGCAAAUGCAGAACGUGAUAGGAACACAAACAAUAAAUUCUCACUUGAAUUGCAGAAACUUCGUCAAGGACUCAAAGAUAAAGAAGAAGAAAGAAGAGCAAUGGACGAAAUGCUCGCCGAACUUAAGAAGCAAAUUGAACAGAGUGAAAAAGAUUACACUCAAUUGGAAGCUUCAUUGAAGAUGAAAGAAGAAGAGGCUGCUAAGAUCGAAGAAAAUAUGAAAGAAAUUACAAGUAAACUCGAAAAUGCAAAUCAACGAGCCGCCGAACAAAAGAAACUUCUUGAUGAAUUCAUUGAAGCACAUCCAUAUAUUAAUAGGGAUCCAAAUGACAUGAUCGGUCAACUUGCACAGCUUGUUUCGGCAGCUUAA